AUGAAUAAAACACGAACAAAUUUUAUACUAAAUAAAAAUGAUGUUGACUUAACGGAAAAAAAUGCUGUAUUUAAAUCUCUUUAUGAAAAGAUUACGAACAUAGAGAUUCAAUUCAAUUCAGCCAUAAAAAUGAUAGACCAACAAUAUUUAAGAGGAAUUGACGAGUUAAACCAAGAUAAUAAGAUUAAUGAAUUUAUUGUUCAAAACCUUGAAACGAUAGAAGAAUGGAAUGGGUAUAAUCAUGCUAAAGUUAUUUAUAAAGGAGAUUCAAUUCCACAAACCAUUAUAGAUCAGUGGAAACAAAAAGAUAAUAUUACUAUUGUUGUACUAACUCAUAACAACCAAUUAUUUUUAACCUCCCUUCAGAUUCCUAGAGAAGAGAACCCUAGGGACAGACAGAAGAAUGGACCUAUUAGAAAAAUUAUUAUCCAACAGUGGAAAAAGGAUGAGAACAAGUACGUCAACCGUGUUCAUGAUUCAAAACCUUAUUCGUAUUUAGACGGGGAUGCCACUGAUUUUAUUCAUGUGAGUCAUGAGUUCCGCAUAGGGAUGGAUGGAAAAGGAGAAUUCUCCAAUGACAUUUUUUGCGACUAUGGUGUAUCGCCAAGGCCAGAGUUAGGCACUGACCAUUCUUUGUGUAUUAAACAAAUUGUUGUACUAGAGUGGGAAUUAGUUGGAUCAAUCCAAGAAAUACAAGUUUAA